GCGUUGCAGCUGGUCACCGCUCCUUCCAGAUCGUUAGCGUGUGCGGGGACCCGCCCUUCCAUCGGGUGCCGUGGAUUCAGUGGCCCGGGGGUCCAACAAUCUCUCAGCUCUCUGUGCCUGCCUCUACGUCCGAAGAAAAGGAGGUUGACAAGCUUACGCCUUUUCCACGAUGGUUGUCCUUCAUCUGCUACCAGGAGGGCCUUUUCUGCCCAUGUGGCCAGGAACGCCAAGAUUCGGUGAAGGCUUGUUUCCUCCCCUUCAUCGACCAUGAACAGCAGGGCUUGCAGUGGGACUUGCCCGUCCAUGAACUCAGAGAAGAUCACGUUCCCGAACAAGAUAUGGCGUGGCAAAGUCUGUCGCCCAAGUCCAGUCCGGCAUUUCAGGAGGAGACAGUCUUGCGAGCCUUCAGGGCUUCUACGAAUCAGAAAACCUGGGACGAAAUCAGGCUGCCUCGGCUCAGCUCGGCGAUGAGCGAGUCAACGAAGAACAUGUCGAAUUAUGCUCCCCUGCUCUACUGUGUCGAGCCCUCGCGUUUUGGACAGGAGGAGGGCGCACAGCUGAAUUUGAUGCAAGACCUUGUGGGCUUGCGACUGGCAGCCCUUGGCGGCACACAGAUCAUCAGGAACGUUAACUACAACGUCGACAACUUCUCUACUCAGGGCGUGGGGGAUGAGGAGGAGGACAAGCGACAGCCAUGGCAGGUGCACGGCAGCCUGCUUCCAAAAUCUCUGCACCGGCUGACAGUGCAAGCCGCCUGCGGAUCUGAGUGGAGGUUCGAACCAAGUGACACGAAUCUCAGAGUCUUCAAGACGGAGCACUUCACGAUGGACAGGGACAAAGCCACGAGCUUCCUGUACGAGCGUUUCUUCGUCCAUCUGACAUCGCGCUGGGGCCAGGACUCGGCGGAGACUGGUUGGAUCGAGUCCCGCACGGUCUUCCAUCUGAACGAACGUUUGGAUUGGAACUACUUGGAUCAGGUCCUUGCAGGCGUUUACAGGAUCCCGCCGGCCCUUCCAUAUCCUGUAGACCGUGGCAACCUUGACAUUGGCAGGCUUGAUAGGAGAGACAGCUCAAGCCUUUCCUUGACGGGAGAUACACGUGAUGGCUGGCAACUGCGAGGAGCCCUGAAGCAGCACAUGCUAAUCCUUAUGCCAAAGUCCACGCUGGCCGCCUCGCAUGCCGAGAUCUUCAGGUGUGUUCUGUUCCAUCUCGAGGGAAACCUUGAGAUUGGAAGGGAUCCUUUUGAUGUCUUCGAGCAGAAGGGGAGCUACGAUGGCAACAAGGACCUGAUGAAGGAAGCCCUCAGGCAAAGACAGGAGAAUGCCCUCAACCAGACCGUGGAUGAGCAGAGUUUGCCAUCAAGGCAGACUUCGAGGAGUGAAGUGCAGAAUUUGGACGGCCGCCGGCACAGUGGUGCUGGGUCCAUAUCAGUUCAGGACUGGGUGUACAGCCUCGAGGGCGUGCAAGACUCGCAAGCACUGGAGGAGCCGCAGCCUUAUGUCUCGCGCAACACUACAGUUGCAACCACGUUCGAGAACAUUGGGGCCCGGACUCCGGACGAGGUGGACCUCAGUGCUGAUCCCAGCAAGCUGCUGGAAGACCUGGAGAAGAUGCGGUCGCAGACAGUCGAACAGUUCAAGAGUUUUCAGGAGGGCCUGAGAAGGCUUCUCUUUGGGCGAAUGCCCAAGGAGGAUUUCCAGGGGGAGCUUCUCGACAUCGACACCGAUUCCGCGCAGUUCACAGUAGGAAGGGGGGAGAAGCAGGUGCCUGUCCGCACAGCAGAGCUGGAGACCUCCUUCACCCAGAGCCGCGAUUGGUUCGGGUUCUUUUACGAUGACGUCUUCUGCCCUCCGAAGUGCUUCCACCUUGUUGUGGAAUGGAUCGCGUGCUCCUCUAUCCAUAUGACUGCUUUCCUUACCAAGCUGGAGAAGCUGGCAGGCGAGCACAACUUCCGGUUGCUGCGGCUACCCAUUGGUGCACUUUUCCCGCAGCCCGCGCCAGCCUGGAUUUGGAGCGGUGAUCAGGAGACCAACUUUGACCGGCUUCCGUUUUAUCCGCGGCAAAGGCUCAGCUUCCCCACGGAGCCACUUCAGCUUCCUCGUGAAAAAGUCUAUGCGAAGCUGCUCGAGGCCUGGCUGCAGCCACCGCUGAGCUUGCACUUCAUCUUCUCAUGCCCCAUCCAGGACUUCAAGGUCUACCCUGUCGUUGCCGAAGAGGAUCCGAAGAGGACCUCAGCCAAGAGCCAGGUCUACCAGCGUCUCAAGGGAUGGGUGCUUUGCGACUCCGAUGGCCUUGCUCUUGCGACUCUUCGGGAAGAUGGUAUCAUGUUCUUUGAGAACCACAUACAGGUCUUCGAAGCCCGCACCGAAGAGCGAGUGCAGUCCAACCUGAGAAAGGUGAACCAACUGCGAAGCCAAUUUUUCAAGAUCACCAAUGAUCUCUUGUCGGAAUGGCGACAGCCAGUGCAGUCAUGA